AAACGUCGAAUUCCCGAAUUCUAUAAUUGUUACUUUUAUGUAUUAAUUAGUUACAAACAUAUAGUCAAAUCCUACUACAUUAAAAAAAAAAUAUAUAUGUAACACUAGAGCUGAUCACGAUUCUUUGAUAUUCCGAACGAGAGCAAAAUAGCCCAAAACAGCACAAACAGCCGCUACGAACUUGCCUUCUCUAAUCAAAACUCUCAGCACAAGACGAGAAAUUUCGCCAGUCAACUUCUUGCCCUCAACGACCAAAGCUUUCCUCGGCUUGCCACAAAAAGUCAACAAAACAAGCACAGUUAUCCACGUCAUCAGCGUGGCCGGAACUGCCACGGCCAGCGCAGCAGCCAUUGCAAGAAGGCCAAAAAUAGCACCCAAAGCCACAGAAGCGUACAACGCGGGCCACCCAAAUGCGUUACCCGAAUUCGAAGCAGAAGAGUCGUACCAAGAAAGCACGGAUUUGAGGAGAUUCCAAGAAGAAGAUAAGAGUAAUGAAUAUACGGAAACGAAUAGAAAGGCCCAUGUUCUUCGCUUGCUCAUGAUUCUUAUGAACAUGGUUUGAUUGUUUGUGAUCGAACAUGGAGAUUGUUGUGUUGUGGGUUUAUCUUGUGUUAGAGCCAAAGUUCUGCCGGAUACCAAAGCCGAAGUAUGACCUGAAACAGAGAAGAAUGCGAGGGUUUGUCCCCCCGAUUCACCUCCGGUGUGAGAAUAAAUUAGUGGCUCUAGGAAGGGUUUAGAGAACUGCAAGCGAGUAUGUAAGAAUGUAUAAAGUUGUGAAUGAAUUUUACCACUGAUUUACCCACUUUUUAUAGGAGGAGGAGGAGCCCUGCUAUGUAACGUUCCCGCCCGAUGCGGGAGGGAAGUUAUGAUGAGUAAAGGAGGCGGGAUUCUCUCGCCUCGACCGUUGCCAUAGUAACGUUUAAGUUCAAACGGUGGGCUGGACCUGCUUUGGGCCGUAAUGGAUUGGGCCGAAAGGCUUAUAACCCAACAUGUCCCCAGGCUUCGGUCGGGUUUCAAACGCGGCCGAAGCCUAAGUUGUCUUUGACCGACCGACAGGGUGAGGCUGUAGUGGGAGCUGAGCAGUUGUUUCGGUCUGAUUUCAAAAUGCUUGGUCCGAUGGACGCGUGGUGUCGUUUGGGCGCCGGAUGGCGUGGCCUCGAGAUACGCGCUGAAUCUGGGCCGUGCAUUCCAAAGGGUGCCAUUAAUAGGGCGCGCCUUUUCACAAUUCGUUUAUAAAUACAAAUCAUUACCACCCGUUUCUUUUCAUAUUUCCAAUAUCCUCUUGUUUUCCUCUCAACUCUCCAUUCUCUCAAGCUUCUUGCUCCCAGGCGAUAGUUGUUAACCGGCGGUGGUUCUUUUUCCGGCUUCUUUCACCCGUUUUCUCCACAUCUCUUCUACGACAAGCAAAUGGAUCGGUCGGGUGACAUAGUCGGGACGUCUUAUUCGGCCGCGGAUCACUUUAGCGAUGUGCUGAAGUUUCCUAUGGCCAACUUUCCUUCCUUACUGACCGAAGCGGAUCUGAAGUCGUUUCGGAUAAAGUACCAGAUACAUCGGUCGUGGGAUAUUUAUCCAGCCAUAGAGAGCGAUUGUAUCUACCAAACACCUGAGUCGGAAGAAGGGCACAAGUGUGUGGGCAUCUCCGAAAACGCCUUUAAGUGCGGCUUUCGGCUCCCGAUGCUCCCCCUGCUGAAGAAACUUCUGAAGCAGACGGGGAUCGCCUUAGGCCAGUUGGACCCGAACGGAUUUACGUACAUAAACGUAUUCCAGCAUCGGUGUCUGAUGGCCGGCGUGUCUCCUCGGCCAGCUCUCUUCUGGAAUCAUCAUGAUUUCAAGAAAAACGCCAAGAGCAAUGGCUUUUAUACCAUCGGCCGCAAGACCGGCCGACCGAAUUGGUGUGAAACCAACUCGAGCAACAAGGGUACCCACGAACGGUGGUUCUACCUGGGGGGUCACUCGAUCCACAAGUUCUCUCUGUGGAGGGAGGUAGACCCCUCCAUCAUCACCACUCCCCCUCUGGUCGGUAAGGACCUGGAGGACUUUGAGAAAUUGAACAAAGUCCAGGAGCCGAACCGGAUUCUGCUGUCGACCAGUCGGGAGAAGGAGUGGCUCUUCACUCUUUGGGGUAGUGACGUGUCUUCCCGAACCGAAGCCCUGAAGAGGAAGACGGCGAAGGCCAUGGCGGCAAAGAAGGAGGCCGAAGCAAAGGCCCGCGGCGAAACAACAGUUGGUGCCAUAGUCCAGGCGGAUGUGGCGAAGGAGAAGACCCCGGAGGUUGGUCGUGCGGAGGGGACGGUUGAGAAAGCCUCCGAGGUGGUGGAGAUUCCGGCCGCCGAAGCCUCUAGGAAGAGGAACAGGCCGGACGGUUCAUCGGAGGUCCGGCCUUACAUUCCGGAGUGGUCGGUUUUGGCGACCGAUUCGAUUGCGAUCCAGGCUCCUGAUCGGAUCAAGGAAGUUGCGGGCGAUCUCUGCCGAUCGCAAAUGUUGCCGGCCGACCGGGGGACCUAUGAGUCGGCGACUGCUCUGCAAGCGUGCGAGCAGCUGAUGUGCUUCCUAUCUCUGGCUUCUCCUUGGGCGGCGGCGGUGACUGAUAAGGUCCAGGACAUGCAGAAGCAGAUGGCUGGGGUGAACGCCCUUACUAUUCGAGCCAAUCUAGCUGAAGAUACCCUGGCGGCCCUGAAGACGGAGCUGGAUGCUGCCCACCAGGACCUGAAGGACCUUCGGGAGUCGGAAGGCCGUCUGAAGGGGCAAGUCGAUACUCUGACCAGGAGGGUUCAGCGCCGCAACCUGGCGUUGAAGGCUGCCCGAAAGAAGGAGAAGAAGACGAGGAAGCUUCUUGAGAAGACCGAGGAUCGGUUCCUCGACAUUGGAUAUGACGAGGCGGUCCGUCGGGCUCACAAGGAAGGCUUGGAUCACAAGUUACUUUUGGACGAAGGAGCUUCUGAUCCGGUCGGCCGUGAGGAUCCGGACGAACCCCUUGUUGUUUCAUCCGAUCCCGAGACUGACUACUCGGAGUAAUUCUAAUUUUGUACUUUCAUUGGCCUUCGGGCCAUUAUUUGUAAAAACGAUCUGCCUUCGGGCUUUGUAUAAAUAUUUCGCCUUCGGGCUUCUAAUUAAUUUUGCCUUCGGGCUUGCUUUUCA